AUGCCCGGUAUCAAUUCCAUCACGGAAGAUUACUAUCUGCCGCAGGGCUCAUGUAUCCUGGUGACAGGAGCUAAUGGGUUCAUCGGGAGUAAUGUCGUGCACACCUUAUUAGAGUUAGGAUUCAGGGUCCGCGGGACCGUCCGCUCGGCGAAACCAUGGCUCGAUGAGAUGUUCCAGAAGAAGUUCGGGGAGGACGCUUAUGAGUCGGUCGUUCUGGCCAACUUUGAUGACCUGGAUGCUCUGAUGGAGGUGAUGGAGGGUGUGUCUGGCGUGGCUCAUGUGGCAUCAGAUGUCACUUUCGGCUUAAACCCCGAAGAGGUCAUUCCUUGGGUGCUGAGAGCUAUUCACAAUCUUUUAGAGGCAGCAUCGAGGAACUGUGAUAUCCAGCGGGUUGUUAUGACUUCAUCCGCGAUCACGGCAUUAUUCCCGCAACCAGACAAGGAGGGCAUUGUCGUUCAUGAGGACACUUGGAAUGAAGAGGCUGUCAAAGGAGCGUGGAAUCCAGACACCCCGAAGCCUGUGAAAGGCGUAUUCUGCUAUGCAGCCUCCAAAAUCGAGGCAGAGAAGGCAGCGUGGAAAUGGGUGGAGAAGUAUCAACCCGACUUCCAAUUCAAUACCGUGCUUCCAGACUUUACGGUUGGGAGAAUCCUGCACGAUAACAUCCAGGGCUCAACUUCAGGUUGGGUCCGUGGCCUUGUCGAUGGAGACACCGGUAUUUUUCAAAGAUUUGUGCCACAGUACUUCGUUGAUGUUGUUGACAUUGCACGUCUGCAUGCAGCAGCACUCCUUGACCCGAACACAGUCUCUCGGCGACUUUUCGGUUUUGCUGCUCCUGUGAACCUGACUGAAAUGAUCGGAGUGCUUCGAAAACUGCGGCCAGAUAAUACGCUGAUUCCUGAUCCUCCAGUUGACGAGGGCCAUGAUUUGAGCGAAAUAAUUCCAGCCAAGGAAGCCGAAAAUCUGCUGCGGGAGUUCUGUGGGCGAAAGGGGUGGACUUCUAUGCAGGAUAGUAUUGCACAAGCACUUGAGCAAUGCUAG